GCGGAAACGAUUCGCAGUUUUCUUCUCAACAGAUUAACGGACUAACGGAGUUGGAAGGGGCCUUGGAGGUCUUCUAGUCCAACCCCUACAACUUCUGGAGGCAUCUCGGGCGCAGAAGCCCCCGAAGCAUUUCUCCCCGCCCCCUGGAAAGCGGAGAAGGGCGUGCGUAGAGGCUGGUGGGAGCCCCCCUCGCAUCGCCUUGGGGCAGGAGACCCAGUGGAAGCCAGGAUGGAGAACACCCUCGUCCCAGAGGCUCCACCCGAUCUCUGCAGCCACGUGGCCGAGGGGCCCCGGGAGAUUUGCAGCCGCCUGCACCGCCUGUGCCAUCAGUGGCUGCGGCCGGAAAAAAGCAGCAAAGACGAGAUGCUGGACCUGGUGGUGCUGGACUAUCUGCUGGCCCUGCUGCCCCCGGAGAUGGCGAACUGGGUGAGGGAGUGCGGAGCCGAGAGCUGUUCCCAGGCGGUGGCCCUGGCCGAAGGCUUCCUGCUCAGCCAAGCCCAGAGAGAAGAGCCCGGAAAGGAGCAGAUUCAAAUGGUUCCCAUGAUGAGUGAAAAGCAAAGGAAUAUUUUGCAUUUCUUUGGUAAUACAAAAGAUAACAUUACUAACGACAAUAGUAACAACAAUAUGUAUACUUCAUUUAACCAUGAGCUGAUCAAUGAAUUGGAGCCUCCACAGUCCUCGACAGUCACCAUUAGGAAGAACAUUCAAACUGGAGUCGGAAAGAAGAAGAAACUCAAAAUAUCAAGAAAAUAUCAUUUGGACUAUUUGAAAUUUGGAUUUAUUCAAGAACCUGGUAGUGAGCUGGAUCCACGGCCACUUUGUAUUGUGUGUUCUAAGAUUUUAUCCAAUGAAGGCAUGAAACCUUCGAAACUCAAAAGACACUUGCAAUCAAUACACCCGGAUUUAGCUUACAAAUCACUUGAAUAUUUUCAAAUAAUGCAUGAAAAUAUGCAAAAGCAAGUAACGGCUUCAACAAAAAUGGCUGUUGAAGAUAAGUCCUUAUUAAAGGCUUCUUAUCUGACAGCACUUCAGAUCGCAAAAAAUAAAAAGCCGUAUACGAUUGGAGAAGAAUUAAUUAAGCCUUGCAUGUUACAAGCCUGUGAAGAGGUUUUGGGAAAGCAGGCUGUUCAGGAACUGAAUGCAAUUCCUAUGUCCGCUAACACCAUCAGGCGCAGAAUUGAAGACAUGGCUGAAGAUAUUGAAAAUCAAGUUAUAAACAUGGUGAAAAAUUCCCCGUUUUAUGCAAUUCAACUUGAUGAAUCAACAGACGUAAGUAAUAAGGCACUUCUCCUUUGUUUUGUGAGGAUUGAGUGUGAAGGAGAGUUACAGGAAGAGCUACUUUGCUCGCUCAACUUGCCGGGUAGAACAACUAGCUCUGAGAUUUUUGAAGCACUGAGCAGUUAUUUCCUGGAACAUGGAAUUGAAUGGAAAAAAUGUAUUGGGAUAUGUACAGACGGUGCCGCAAACAUGACUGGACAUCUUUCAGGAAUUGUUGCAAAGGUGAAAAAUGUUGGUCACCCAGACAUUUUGUCUACACACUGCAUUAUACAUCGUGAGCAACUUGUGACAAAAGAAAUGUGCCCAGGACUACACGAAGUAUUAUCAGAUAUUAUUAAAAUUGUACAUGAAAUUCGACACAAAGCGCUCAAUUCUCGAAUGUUUGAGGCACUUUGUGAAGAAAUGGGAUCUGAGUAUACUCACCUCCUUCUUCACACUGAGGUGAGAUGGCUGUCCAGGGGCAAAAUACUAACCCGACUGUUUGCUCUUCGUGAAGAAGUCAAAUUGUUUUUCUAUCAACAAAAUAAUCCAAAAUUUCAGGAACUCUUGUCUGACGAUGAGUGGGUAGCCAAGCUUGCAUACCUGGCAGAUAUUUUUGCGCUGUUAAAUGAACUAAACAUAUCUUUGCAAGGACAACUUGAGGUAUUCGCACUACGAGGUAAAAUGGAUGCUUUUCAAAGGAAAAUAUUACUGUGGCAAACGCGGUUGGCUGAAGACGAUCUUCAGAUGUUUUCAAAUUUUGCUGAAUAUAUGAGAGAGAAGGAUGUUAACCGGCAGGUAAUAACCAUUGUUCAACAACACCUACAAUCACUCACAGAAUCUUUUGGUCGUUACUACCCAAAGAACGAAGAUCCUAGACAUGGCAAUAUGUGGAUAAUAGAUCCAUUUGCAGCAAACAUUGAAGAUAGCAAUUUAAGUCUGCAUGAAAAAGAAAACCUCAUUGAUCUAUCAUGCGACGGCCAUCUCAAAAUUAAAUUCCACUCAUCCAUCUCAAGUCCUCAUUUCUGGCUCUCUGUAAAAAGUGAAUACCCAUUGCUGAGUGAAAAAGCAAUGAAAAUUUUGAUCCAAUUUUCAACAACAUAUUUGUGCGAAAAGACAUUUUCAUCAGUCACAGCAAUUAAAACUCGGUACCGGUCUCGGCUUGAAAUAAAAACGACUCUUCGUCUUGCAGUAACGUCAUUGGAGCCAAAAAUCCAUAAACUUAUUUCAAACAAGCAGAAACAAAUAUCACACUAAAAAUGUGUAAUACUUAAAUAAGCUUCAAUUGUUUUGUUAUAAUUACACUAACUUUAAUAAUUUUGUUACAAUUAAACAACCUGUAAAGAUUUUAUUAUG